CAGUGGGGUGGCAGCACGUGAAAACAAAGAGGUGGGGUGCCUCCUCCAAGAGCGCUUAAAAGACCUUCCCUUGGUGCCUCAACACGCAGUCCUUAAGACCCACUCAUUGGUGAUAAAUCACAGGAGAAAUUGUUGAAAAUUCACCCUGUGCGGUUCAACCCCAAAGUUCGGUCCCUGACUCUCGUAAAAGAAAAUCAAAAGUUUGUGAUCGAGAAUCAUUGGAAAUUAAUUGUUCGAGUUGAUAUGAACCGUGUCGUUAUGAUGAAUAUGGUGGUGCCGCUGGGGUUGGUGCUGAUGAUCUGUUUACCCAUGUCCACCACUGCUCUCACGACGUUCGGAAAGACAAACCCACAGAAUCAAACUCCUCCACCUCCAAUUCCGGCUGACUACCUAAUACAGAAUAACUCGGCUUUUGGUCGUUUAACUAGUAUGGGACGAAGUGGUGGGAGACCUGGCAUGAAGACGGGAUACUUAGGACAUAGCUUUGGAGUUGCUAAAUCUUGCAAGAUUGAGGCGGACUGCACUGGGAUCGGGAAUACGAGUUGUGUAUCCGAUCCAAAGGACGGAAAGACCAAGUGCCUCUGCAGUGAUCUAACGGCGCCCUACAAUGGCGCAUGUCUUCACAAGCCUGUUCACUCUCCAUGUAAGAAUGAUCAAGAAUGCGGUCCGGGUGCUCACUGCGCGCAAGGGAAUAGCACGACGCAUGGGAAGACGUGUCAAUGCCAAUACGGCUACUACGAAGAGAACAUGAGAUGCAACGGAAGCCUGUCAUCACUGCAAAGUUCCUCAGUCCUAGUCCUUCUGUUCAGCCUCAUCCUUCUAAGGAGCACUAGUUCUUCAUAAUUUAACGAAAAUUAGUAACGAGUAAAACCCAUUAUCAGCAGCGAACUGAAAAAAACGACAUGAGUCAGCGGAAAACGUCGCGAGUUACUAAAAAAAAUAUCGAAUUUGUCGGAAAAAUACAAUCGAAACGGACGUUCAGUCGACUCAUCUCGUUUCCGUCCUUCGCAACUGAUUUUUAAAACUCUGAGGAUCAACUGUGUCGCAGAAUUCUGCGAGGUGAUUCCAGGAGAGCCGAGAGUACAAUUGAAUCUACAUUUGAAAUUCUAUGGAUUAUCAAUCAAUAAUUUCAUCGACCUACUCAUGCGGAGCUCCUUUAUUUCCAAUGCUUGAGCUUAGCAUUAAUUAUUAAACUUCAUCUGGAAGUACUGGAGAGUUUGUGUGACAUUUAAGUCGUAUUGCUUUCUUUCCUUGAAUUAUCGAUAUCAAUUUUGCAUUUACAUUCAUUCAUAAAACAUUUCAUAUUUUACGCAUCGAAGUUCUUAGAGCUGUGGAAUUUUGUAAUAUUUGUAUAUUAUUAUACAUAUAGCUUAAGUCACAUUUUCAGCGUUUUCGAGUAAGAAGGAUAUUCUGUGCACCAAUAAAAUUCAAUAAACCUUAUUAAA